CCCGGCAGGCAACGCACUGGCCAAGAGAUUUGGACCCCUGAAAUCAAUUAACGCGUCCGACGCGUCCAACGCGCUUACAGCUCUGUUUGAGCUUUUGCUUUUGCUUUUGCGCCCGCCUCCCCACCAUUGAAACAGCUGCGUUUCCUCCCUCCCUCGCGCAGCAAAUCAAUGUUUGUUGUCCGUCGUCUUUUCUCUCGUUCUUCUCUUUCAAUUGUCCCCAAAAUACCCACAUUCAAACACUUCACAACCACAACACCAAUGACAGCCGGCACCACCACCGAACCUACCUCCCCUCCCGCCAAGCGCAUCAAGACCUCCUCCGCCACCGAUUCCUCCUCCCAAACCACCACCGCCGAAACCACCACCGCCGCCACCAUGACCGCCUCCGACGUGCAAACCACCCCCGCCGUGACCAAGCUCGACCAGGCCCCUCCCCUCCUCAUCAAGAAGCUAUCCGACAAAGCCCGUCUGCCCACUCGCGGCUCCGCCUUCGCUGCUGGCUACGACAUCUACGCUUCCAAGGAGACUACGAUCCCUGCGCGCGGGAAGGGAGUGGUGGACACGGAUAUUAGCAUGGCUGUUCCCGCUGGGACUUACGGCCGCAUAGCCCCCCGCUCCGGCCUAGCAGCCAAGUCCUUCAUCGACGUCGGCGCGGGCGUGAUCGACGCCGACUACCGCGGGCAGGUCAAGGUUCUCCUGUUCAACCACUCGGACGUGGACUUUGCAGUCAAGGAGGGCGAUCGCGUGGCGCAGCUGGUUCUGGAGAGGAUUUAUACACCCGAGGUUGUCGAGGUGGAACAGCUGGAGGAGAGCGUGAGAGGUGCGGGCGGGUUUGGGAGUACCGGUGUCAGUGUUGGGGAGGUUAAGAACUAAACAUGGUUUAAAAAUGGGAAAGGAAUAAACAAUUGAAGAUUGUUGAACUGGGAUGGGACUUCAAGGUUGCGCACAAGAAAAUUUGGAAGGCGUUGGUUGGGGUUAGAGGGUAAAAAUGAAUGUGGUAUGUAUGGUAUAUUGGUCCGGGACGGGAUUUAGGAUCAUAAAUGGAGAGAUGAAGUUUCAGCUCCAUCCAGCGCAUUGAGCUCGAGGGACCCAAGACACCCGUCGUUCGUUGUCUUCC